UAUUUAAGUUAAUAAAUAAAAAUUUAUACGGUUAUCUCUGCACAGUUUAGUAGUGGGGAAGUAUAUGUCAAAGCCAGUCGAAGCAAAUACAAAUCGCAGCAGUGGAGGUGCAAGUGUAGUCAGCGCCGGUAUGUCAGUAGUACUCGGUUGAGGUUGCAUGUGAUUCUUUUUUAAACAAUAUAUUUGGAAGAUAUUAAUUCGUGAUUUAAAAAAAUUAUUCAAAAAUUCUAUUCAAACGUUUAGCAAACGUAAAAAAUAUAACCGAUCGAUAGUAAAUAAGCAAAGUCAUUAUAUUUUUCAUCAAUUGAGAGCUGGUGGUCAAAAUGGCGAAGAAGAAUGACUCGCCGGGUUCCACCUCGACUUCUAUCGGGCAGGAAAGCCAACAAUUGCUUACAAGCUUUAUAGCUGAAAUUAUAAAGAGCCCAGUGAAUCUUAUUUUAGUAGCUGUAAUUGCCUUGCUGGUCUACAAAAUUGUUAAAAGCAAAACGAAGAUGGAAAAACCUGUAGCAGAAGUAAAGAAGCUACCAAAAUUACGACGUGAUUUUACUGUUGAAGAAUUGAAAAAAUAUGAUGGUACAGGACCAGAUGGACGAAUAUUAAUUGCCGUCAAUGGCAGCGUUUACGAUUGUACUCGAGGUACACGAAUGUAUGGUCCUGGUGGAGCAUAUUCCGUAUUCAGUGGCCGUGAUGCAAGUAGAGGGUUAGCAACAUUUAUGUUAGAAACGAAAGAUGAAUACGAUGAUUUGAGCGACUUGGAUACGGAUCAAAUGAACUCUGUAAAAGAGUGGGAAGAGCAAUUUAAAGAAAAAUAUGAUUAUGUGGGAAAGUUACUUAAACCUGGAGAAGCACCUACAAAUUAUUCUGAUGAAGAAGAUGAAGGUAGUCAGCAAGAGACUGAGUCCAAAGUUGAACAGCAAGAAAGUGAAACAAAAUCUGAUCAGGGAAUUGAAACGAAGUCAAAGAAUGAUUGACCACUUGAUUAUACACCAAAUAUCAAGCAGUUUCAAAAAGUUAUUGCGCACAUACCAUCAUUAAAAAAAACUCUUAAAUUUGUGGAUCAUGGAUGUAUUUGUGGACAUUCAUCUGAAUAUUUUACUACGUCAUAAUGAUAUUGAAAUAAAGAGUAAAGUGGUAUCUUUUGAUCAAGUUAAAAGCAUAUAAAGAUUCAAAACUAAUGUUACAUGUGAAGACUUUUUUUGAGUAUCCAAUUUUCCAGUCAAUAAGGAUGCUCAUAUAGUAUAAUGUUUUUAUAUAUGUACAAAAGAUUUCUUAUAUACGGAUCCUUAAAACUGGCACUAGACAUAAGACAGAUAACUUUUGAACUAUAUUCCAUUAUUAAAAAACUUUGUUUGUACUAUUAUUCUUACUCUGUCACAUAGCAUUUGUUACAUAUAAUAUAUGUAUUUGAUAUCUAUAAAAAUUACCGAAUGGCGUUAUAUUUGAUAUGCAUUUGAAGUUUAAUAUUAAAUUAAUACGGUACUUUGCAUAAUCGUACUACAAAUUUAUACUAUAUUUCUUAAGUUAAAAACAGUAUGUCUUGUAGAAAUACUAUCAUUUUCAGCAUUUAACUUUAUUUUAUAUUAAUCUGAGUUUAGAUUUAUUUGAUAUGUUAUAUGAAUGUGCAAGUCAAACCUGAAAAUUUGAAUUCUGAGAUUUUUUUUAACAGCAAGUUACGUUAAAAUUUCAAUUUAAAAAUCUGUAUAAAAUGAUAAAUAUUUGCUAAUCUUUUCCACAUAAAUAGAAACGGAGGUAUUAUUCUGUAAAACUUAACUAUAAAUUUUUAUACGCCAUGUGAAUUAUUAUUGUUCAGAGAUGGAAAUUUUUCAUGGUGGCUGAUAUAUAUGAAAAAAGAAAAAAAUACUGUAGCAAUACUUAAUCUUUGUUACCAUGAAAUUAUUUAUCAAAUCUUUUUAAAUUAAGAACGUUACAAACUUGCAUUCAUUUGGAUACGCGGAUAUGUUAUACACUAUACAAUUAUAGAAUGCAAGUUUUCUCCAAAUAUUUUAAUUAUUUGUGCAAUUAAUUUUAUUUUAUCUAAUAAUUUAAUUGGUAUAAUUUAUAUAAUAAACCAAUAUUUAUAUUUAUAUUUAAAGUGAAAUACGUCAGAGUUGAAUUCGACAAUGUAUUUUUUGUUAACUGUGCUGUUAAGGAGAAUAACAUUGGUGUAAUAAAACCGUUGUUAACGCAAAAAUACUACAUACAAUUUAACGAAAUUAAACUGUUUUAACUGAAGGAAAUAAAAUUUUAUUGCAGCUGUAUUGCUUCAUGGAUUAUUGCAGAAAAUAAGAAGUACCUUGUCGUAAUUUAUAUAAAAAUUUGUAUGUAAAUUUACAAUUACCUUGUGAAUGAUAUUACACUGAAAAUUUUUCAGUUUAUUACGAUUAUUUCAAAUUAUUGGUACUUUAUCAAAUGGUAAUUUAUCAAAAUUUGAACCGUAACAAGUGUUAUUGGGUAAACUGCAUUUUUUAUAAUAGAGGUCAUAUUUACUCAAUUUUUUAUUGGUACAAUUAACAUAUAAUAUGAGACUGAGUUUUCUGCAAAUAUUUGCGACAUUAAUUUCAUCGUAAUAUUCCACCCUCUACAUAAUAAAGUCGGUACAUAUUUUUUAUAUAUUUAUUAUCUAUAAUUCGUAUAAAAACAUUUUGCUCGGAUUAAAAUUUCAAUGAAAUACUUAACCAAAUUUAUUUUAUACGAACACAAAUUAUGUAGCAUGUAUCACUUUUUUGUAAUAUUUGUUAUAUGCGAUUUACUGAUUAUAAGUAUCAUAUUUAAACCCUAUUGUUUCGAAAUAAUUUGUCAAGAACAUUACUCUAUACCCAAAUAUGUUGUUGUCUUUUAUGUUAAAUGGAAUGUUAACAAAUUUCUAUGAUGGUGUGUUAAUAAUUACAAGUAUCAAUAAUUAGCAACCUUGUAUAAGAUUAUUUAUAAGAAAUGUUGUGUAUUGUUAUCAAAAUGUACUUUCUGUUACUAUAAAAGAGCAAGGUUGAGGUACUCUUA